CUAUUUAAUGGACUUGAAAGGAACUUGCAUCAAUCAAAGAGCAGUUGCAACGAUACCACAUUGAGUACAGCUAAGGUUCACAGAACAUACCAGGAAUCUCAUAUGAAAUGGCGAGAAAAUUCCCUGCGGACACCCGGGGACAGCGAAUAUUAGAGGAGCUGUACGAAAAGGAACUAAAAACACAAAUUGCAUGGUUCUGGAGAAAUAUACAAGCCAAAAAUAAACCGGAUGGAGCGCAAAUAUCGGAAACUCGGACGACAAAUGUGGCUGAAGUUCCGAUCCGGCCUGAAUUAAGGAAAUUGGAACAUCCAAUGACGCUUAAGAAAGCAAAAUCUCUUGAAUGUGAACGUAAAUCGUCUGAUACCGCUAAAUCGGUAUUUGAAAGUGAGAUGAUACCUCCCGACGGUAAAACAUUGCAGCUCCUGUACGACGGGAUAUCGAGAGAGGGGCGCGGCAGGGCUAAAUACUUUAAAGAACGAAACUUGGCCGCUGUGGAAGAGAGGUAUCGAUAUCCAGUGUUGAGUUCAAUGGACUACGGCUGGGGAAACGAUAAAUUCCUGAAGAUGGGAACAACCGGCCGUUGUAAAGAAAACGCCAAGGUGAUGAUUGUGCAAGACUCCUUCUACCGGCGAAACGGUAUAUCGAUGAAACACUGCGAUGAUAUGCUCUGAGUGGUGAAGUGGCGAGAAAAGGAUGAAAGUAUUUCCUGCAACAUUAUCUCUUCGCGUCCACACUAAUCAUUCUGAAGUGCACAUGGUCCAACAGUAGAACAUCGGAGAUAAGUUAUGGCCCCAUCAUGUAAACGCAACCCAAAACAUAUCAGCCAUUUAUGGAUUAACAGUCUGCGUAUAUUCAGCGCGCCAUAUUGUGUGUUAACAUGUAUCUUAUUCCCUUGUAGCGUCAAAUGUGACAGGAAGAAAAGGGCUUGUUUGCAGCAAUGUUUUGUAGUAUGUUCCGG